AUGGUCGCUCCUACUUCUACAUUUCUAAAGACCUUCUGGAGAGUGCACCAGAGCUCUUUGAAUUCGUUGAAAGCUCUGAGCGAUGAGGCUUCGUUCGACGAAAAAGAGGCACAUCGGAAGCAGUCAGCGAAAAUUCUCAAAGAAAUGUUUGCACCAAACUUUACACGCGCUGUGCUGGAACUUGUGACAUCUGACGAAGCUCGUGAACAGCUCGCUGCAACCUUAAAAAAGAAGGCUAUCUGUUUCACGGAUGAGUUCGAGACUGCGGCGGUGGAGUGCAUGGCUGCGAUGGUUCGAGGGCAAGCUCUGGAUCCCUCUCGAUUCCAUAGCCACCCCGAUAUAGACCCCGACACCAGGCGGGCGGCAUCGACGAUGAUAGAGCUAGGGUUUGCUAAGAUCAUCGGUGGUGGCUUCGAGCAAGGCAGAUUAUGGUUAUGCAGUCCUGCCAUGGGGAGGGUUGGGCAGUUGCUCUUGGGAGCUCGUCCGACUGGCGAUAAUGCUAAAACAGUGACGCUUUCAACUGGAGGAAGACGCGACUCCGAGCUGAGGGCCGGCGUUUUGCGUUUCCUGGAUCUCCUUGUCAAGGAUGGCCACCUCUCCUCGGACUCCCAUCGUAAAGAAUUGGUCCAUGGCUGUCCGAUGGUCAAUAGCGUCUUGGUUGAGCGAGUUAAUGGGACGAUUGAUUCCCUGGAGGAAUGGCUUAGAGCUCCCCCGAAUACUCGGAAUCCAACCGACGUCAACAUUUCUCUAACAGAUGCUGCCAAUAGUCCUAUACUCAAGCUAUAUAAGGAUAUUCCAGACGCUUCAUUGAAAGAGGAUUUCAUGACUGUGCUGGCUCUUACGAUUCGCGAGGCAUCGAACAUACCCGCCUGUAAGGAGUACGCAGAUGAGGCUGAUCGAGAGUUCUUUGUGUUGCAUACCACUGGGAAGAGUGUUCUCUCGCGUUGGCUUGACAAACAGAUUCAGAAGCAUAAUUCACGAGCAUUGGAAGAUUACAAGAAGUAUCUCGCGUUGGGUCCUACGGAAGCAGAUGCCGCUAUUCAGGCUUUCACCUCAAUACUACCUCUUGGAAGCAGCCAAUUCACUCUACCAUUUGGUGCUGAUAUCGAUCGGGCCAUCACCAAUUUUCACUUUGCUAAUAUAAACUCUUCCAAGGCGGCUCGUCUCCCACGGGACGUCCUUUCUGCGGAUACGGUUGGAUCGAUUCUCCGGCUCCUUGGCGUUGGAAUCUUCGAGGUGGAUGUCCGGAAUACCAUGGCCAAAUGCAUUAGUCAACCACACAGCAGAGUUGCGAACGUCAAGAAAAUACAGAUGGCGGAUCCGGCGGUUUCACCUGGGGACGACGAAAUUGUCAUCAUGAAUAUGGGAGCUGCAGUAGGGCCCAGUCCCGAUACAGCUUCGACACUAGCCGCUGGCGUUGCAGCACGAGUUCAAGCGACCUUGACUGGUGCAACAGUGUCAAAAACGACGGCCCAACCAGGUGAUAAUGCUUCAUCGCUGAACAAGAACGAUAGUUUGAUGGCGCCGGGGCCGUCAGUUGUCGAAGACACUACUGGCGAGGCUGAAGAUUUGGUUGACCUGCUCCUCAAGGAGAUUUUAGCACGGGUACCUGCGUCGGCUAGGAAAUUCCGACCACGCCCAAAGAAAAUCAGCAAAGGCGUUUACAAGUUCGGCCUUCGAGAUGUUUCGUUUCUAACACGGGAUGGCUCCUUGUAUGUAUCACACAUAGACGGUAUAGCAGCCAAACCACAGUACGGUGAGACUGAAGUAUCUGCUACCACCUUCGUGGCCUCUGAGUAUGGUGUGAAGGCACCUUCGGACUUGGACAACUUGACGAACCUUCUUCGGCCUUCCAGCUUUGGCCUUCAACGCCAACAGUUACUUCCUGGGCCCUCCAGCUCUAUGUUGCCAGCCGGGGCUCCCUCAUCGUCAUCAUCAAAUACAGUUGGGGGAGGCAGUUCUGAGCAUCUGGUUCGACGGACCAUCGAUUGGAAAUCCUUCGGGUUCCUGCAUCGACUCAUCAAACUUGGGAUGGAUGCUAACGAUACACAGUGGCAAGCUCUGUGGGAUCGGUUUUCAACCAACGAGGGGUUAGGAUCAGCUGCGAAUCCCCGGAAGCAAAAGCUUGAAACACUUCAGAAGUUCGUGGAGCAGAGCCUGGUGUAUGCCGUGCGCAAGGACUGGGCGAAGGAGCUGUUGUAUAAGAAGCCUGGUGAUCCAGAUCCCGUGAUCGAUUCUAUGAACGAUGAGAGCGAGAUUGAGCCCACACCUUCACAGGGACCCGCUGUCGCUUUAAGAAGGAAGGAUCGACACAAGAAGCACCGACGUCACCGCCACCGCUCACGCUCUCCAUCUCAUUCUCGGCGUAGGAGUAAAUCGUUGAGUAUUGCUAGUAUUUCCCGCUCGGAGGGUCGUCUAUCCAUGAGCGGCGGGUCAUCGCCCCGGCCCUUCCCUGGUUUCAUACCUCCGACUGCUCCAGUUCCUCCCGGACAUGGUGCCUUCUACAAGACUCGAUUGUGUCCGCUCUUUCAAUCUGGGUCUUGUCCUCGUGGGCAGGCUUGUAGCUACGCCCAUGGUCCCCAGGAACUCCGCCCCGAUGUAGCGGCCGGAGGUAGGCUUAGUGGAGGCUUGAUGGGUGGUCUUCACACAGGCACUGUUAUGCCAACUGCACGGGUGGGUGAUAGUGUCACACUUAGCACUACUGGAGGUGGUGGGAGUAUAAUGGAUGGAGGUGCCUCAUCCAUGCUGCCCAUGGGAAGUGCUCCGCCCAAUAAUCCCUACUAUAAGACGCGGAUGUGUCAGGCGUUUCAGCAAGGGCUAUGUCAGAAGGGUGCCUACUGCAACUAUGCCCAUGGUGCUGAUGAGAUGGCAUAUUAUGGAGGCGGUGUAUCUGGGGUGCUUGCUGGCGCGGGUGGAGAUCUGCCUAGAGGUGCUGUCAGUGCAAAUGAUAUAAGACUGGCCGAGAAGCGGCGGUUUGAAAAAAAACGUCACCAUCAUAGUAGGUCUCGGUCCUCUUCUUCAGACGCUUCAUCGCGGAGCGAUUACAGUAGCGACAGUAAUAGCAGUAGUUCAGGGGACGAAACUAAUCGUCGUAUCCGAGAACUGCAACAGCGGCUUGGACUUGGCCAUAAUGGAGUUAAUAAGCUACCGGGCAGCAAUGGUCCAAUGGGACCACCGGUUGCAGCGGGGAUGGGCAUGAUGGGCCAGCAAGUUUCUAUUCAAGCUCCCGCUCCAAGGAGGUAUAGAACUGAAUUAUGCAAGCACUUUAUGGAGGGUAAAUGUGGCUAUGGGGAGCAUUGCUCUUACGCUCAUUCCAUGGAAGAAAUACGUCAACACGUAGCUGGUAACCUCCCUGCAUCUAGCCCAAUCCAGACCUCGAUUCAACAAUCAAACUUCACGACGGGGCAACCACUCCCUCAGCCUCAGUUCAAUACAGCAUCAUCAGUGUCUCUCCUGGAGAGUGCACGAAGUGAUCAAUCAACUAAGCGGAGCCAGUUGGGACACGGUCACCACCACCACCAGAAGGAUAAGAAGCUUCGUACAAGUUCUGGUGCACCUGCUGCGGUGAAGAUCUGUCUCGAUGAUCUCUAA